AUGAAUUGCCUAGUUUGGAAUAUUCGGGGGAUUGGCAAAGGAGAAAAAUCUUUAUCCAUUAGAUCACUUGUAAAAAAGAAAAAGAUUUCAUUUAUGGGGUUGGUGGAAAGAAAGCAUAGAAAGCCUUUUCAAUCCAGACUAAAAAGAUUAUGGGGAAAUGAUGAAUAUGACUUUUGUGAAAUUUUUGCCUCAAACACAAAUAGUGGUGGAAUAAUUGCUGUUUGGGACAAACAAUCUUUUAAUGCAUCGGUGAAACAUACGGGAUGUAGAUGGGUCUUGAUAGAGGGGUGUAUCAAAAACUACAACUUUGAAUGCUGCGUUGGGGUGAUCUACGGGCAUAAUGAUAGGCUGGGAAGAUUGGCUAUGUUUGAUGAGAUUAAAGCCAAGGUGGUGAAUAUCAACAAACCAAUCCUUUUAAUGGGAGAUUUUAAUGUCAUUUUGCACUCAGGAGAAAGAACAGGAGCUGUCACAUGUGCCCGUAGUAUGAGACAUUUCUCGAAGUGGAUCAACGAAUUAAGGCUUCUUGACAUUCCGCUUCAUGGUGUGAGAUUUACCUGGCGUCGAAAUGAGUCCAAAAGCAGACUGGAUAGAGCUCUGUGUGAUCAUGAAUGGCUGAGAAAAUUCCCGAAUAUGAACUUGAUGGGCUUAUGUAGAAGCUUCUCGGAUCAUAACCCCUGCUCUUAUUGA